AUGGCCGAAGAAUCACCCAAGUCCGUGUCGUCGGACGUCCACGAUGCGGCCUCUGACCCACCGGUGAAGCGAGUGUGGUACCACAGCACCUUGUUCAAUGCCUUCGUGAUCGGAGGAGUUGGCUUCAUGGCCCCUGGCCUGUGGAAUGCGAUCAACGCCCUCGGCGCAGGUGGUGCCCAGGAACCGUUCCUCGUCAAUGCCGCCAAUGCGCUUGUCUUUGGACUGAUGGCCUUCCUGUGCUUAUUCGGUGGGCCCAUCGCGAAUCGCAUUGGGCUCUCAAGAACGCUGUUGCUUGGAGCUGUUGGCUACCCACUUUACUCCGCUGGACUGUAA